AUGGAAGCAAAAGGCAUGAGUCGUAAUGCAGAGAAACCAUACAUGUGUUCUAUUUGUGGUCGCUGCUUCUGCCGAUCAUCUGGCCUGUCAAGACACAAGCACAGCCACACCAGCGAGAAACCAUGUAAGUGUGGGGACUGUGGCAAGGGGUUCAGUUACCCGUUUGAGCUGGAAAUUCAUCAGCGCAUGCACACUGGGGAAAAACUGUUUACCUGUACCAUGUGUGGUAAGGGGUGUACUCAUUUCUCUGCCCUCCGGAAGCACUGGCGAGUUCACACUGACCAAAGACCUUUUAAAUGUCCAGACUGUGGAAAGUGCUAUAAAAGUUCCUGGGAACUGACGUGUCAUCAACGUGUUCACACUGAUGAACGACCAUUCAGGUGCACUCACUGUGGAACUGGUUUCAGGCGAUCAUCUGAUCUAACUGUACACCAACGUAGCCACACUGGGGAGAGACCCUUCACUUGCCCUGUGUGUGGGAAAGGAUUCACUCAAUCUUCCCAGCUUAGUACCCACCAACUUGUUCACACUAAUAAGAGACCUUUUAAGUGUUCUGAUUGUGAGAAGAGCUUUAAAAGCAAAAAGCAUCUGGUGACUCACCAGCGAGUUCACACUGGUGAGAGACCAUUCACUUGCUCUGUAUGUGGGAAGGGUUUUGGCCGUUCCUCUUACCUACUGAAGCACCAACUGGUUCACACUGGGGAGAGGCCAUUCACGUGCUCUGAGUGUGGGAAAGGGUUUGCUUGUUCAUCCUAUUUGUUGAAACAUCAACGGGUUCACAAUGGAGAGAAGCCUUUUUCCUGCUCUGUGUGUGGAAAGAGAUUCACUUGCUCAUCUAACCUACUGAAACAUCAACGAGUCCACACUGGUGAGAGGCCAUUCACCUGCUCUACAUGUGGGAAAGGAUUCACUGUGUCAUCCAAUCUGUUGAAACACCAGCGAGUUCACAAGUGA